UGGAAAUUWCUUUAAAAAUCGUAAAGCUAAGAAAAUGAAAUUGCUUGGAUUAGGAAGGCAAAUAUUGGCGAAACGAUGGCAAUCUUCAUGCCAAUCAUGUGACGAGAUACCUCCGUGCCCGGCCAAGCGAAGCCGUCGUCGAAUGAUUUUCUGCUUGCUCACCUUUGGGGCCGGAGUUUACACAGGUGUCUACGUAUCGCAGAAUUACGAAGUACCUCGCGUAGAUGAUCCCCCCAAGCUGGUUGAAAAAAUGAACAAAAAACUCCGCGAACUCAUCGAGGGCAAAAAAUCGCCAACCGAACAGAUAGUGCAUGACAUCAAAAAGGAGGCCAAAAAGAUUUUGGAUGAUUGAGACGGACGAGACGAAAGACAAUAUAUAUAUUUAGUUACAUUUUUGUUAUGUGUUAAACAAAUUUAUCUAUGACUCAAAUAAAGGAUACGUUUAAAGUUACAAUCUAAA